UGGAGGCUGAGGAAGCCGGGCGGAGGUGGCGGCGGAGGCGGCCCACGCAGGCGAGGCUGGGGCGGCAAGAGAAGCCCCCAAGGAAGGGGAAGAGAGCGGGAGGGAGGGAGACGGAGGUCGCCGCCGAGCAGAGCCAUGGGGGCCAUCCCGGUGAGCAGCAGCCCAGGCGAGCCCUUAUGAGCCCCUCCGCGCCUCCCCCAUGCUCCAGGCGAGGCUCCCCCGACCUCUUCCUCCACCGGCCCGCGGAUCCGUGGCUUUGUUCUGCGGCUCUUCCCAGCUCUGGAUAAAGCAGGUCCAGCUUGCCUUCCUCCGGGAGAUCCGGCUCCUUCCUGCCCACUUGGCGCGCAUCGAGGAGGGCUGCCUUUGAAUCCAGCCUGGGAUGGUGUGAAAGUGGCCCCAGAGGCUGCUGGCUGAGGAUCUUCCUGCUGUGCCUGCCGAGGUUGACCCCAGCCAAAGCGACCACCCCAGAUCCCCGCCUGCCUCUGAAUCGGACACCAUGGGCAACAUCUCCUCCAACAUCUCGGCCUUCCAGUCGCUGCACAUCGUCAUGCUGGGCUUGGACUCUGCCGGCAAGACCACCGUGCUCUACCGGCUCAAGUUCAACGAGUUCGUCAACACGGUGCCCACCAUCGGCUUCAACACGGAGAAGAUCAAGCUGAGCAACGGCACAGCUAAGGGCAUCUCCUGCCACUUCUGGGACGUGGGUGGGCAGGAGAAGCUGCGCCCCCUCUGGAAGUCCUACAGCCGCUGCACUGACGGCAUCAUCUACGUGGUGGACUCGGUGGACGUGGACCGGCUGGAGGAGGCCAAGACCGAGCUCCACAAGGUCACCAAGUUUGCCGAGAACCAAGGCACCCCCUUGCUGGUCAUCGCCAACAAGCAGGACCUACCCAAGUCACUGCCGGUGACCGAGAUUGAGAAGCAGCUGGCUUUGCCGGAGCUGAGCCCGUCCACCACGUACCAUGUCCAGCCGGCCUGUGCCAUCAUCGGGGAAGGGCUCACCGAAGGCAUGGACAAACUCUACGAGAUGAUCCUCAAGCGCCGGAAGUCCUUGAAGCAGAAGAAGAAGCGGUAGAGAAGAGGCCAAAGGGCGCCGGGAAGCCGUGGAGUCUGGGCAGCUCCCUUGACACAUCAGCAUCACCAACAAUGAAGGCCUGUGGUGUUGAUUGCAUCCCAUCCUUUGACCACCUUGAUUUUUAAGAGAUUGGGCACCAAUGUGGUGCUGGCUGGCUCCUGGGAUGCAGAACAGAUCUGUGCAUGUCAGCCCCAGGCCUCUCAAUACCCCAGAAAACCACUCUGAGCCAAUAUAAUAAUUAGAGAACCACUUUGGAAAUAUUCUAGCAGGACUAGAAGAUGGGCACAUCAGACAGCUGCUUGUGCCUGUAGACUACUGAUCACACGAGAGGCUUACCAUUAGACAUCUUUUUUCUUUUCAUUCCGCUGGAAGGUUUCUUUUUUUUUAAUACACAAAUAUAUAUAUAAUAAAUAUAUAUAUAUAUAUAAAAUAAAUAUAAAACAGGAGAAACUAAUUUGGGAGAUGAAAAGUCACGACGCUUGGGAUGAACAGGGCAGGACCCUGUUUUGUGUGGAUUAAGGCCUAUGCUCCCAUCUCAGGAUCUUCGUACAAGGUGACGAUGCGUGCAUGAAGAACUAGACUUAAGAGAUAUUGCUUGAUGCCGGGGAAGGAAUGGUGGGGGGUGUGCCGAAUUGAUGCAUAUAAAAAUACAUGUAUAUUGCUUAACGGUGGCUCUUGGAAGCCAACCUUUGUGGAAACUGUUUUUUUCAGUUGUUACACCAGACCUCUCCAAAGUGUUUCUGGUCUGGCCUUGCGUGGGGUCAAUGAAAUGUGUGAAACUGGCAAAAAAAUGAUGCAAUAUGACUUCCUGAAGUGAUUUAUGUGUUUUGCAAGAAUGUGCUCCCUGUCCUUUUCAGUGGGGUGUGAGGAUGUCCGCACAGCCUGGUGCCCAAGUGGCCUUUGCUCUCUUAUGGAGGCCUCUGGGCAGGCUGAGCUGUGUGGCACCUUUAAUUCCUAUAUAUUAAAAGAGAAUACUGUGUAAUGACAGCAAAUUGAUGCACUUGAAUUUUAAAAUCAGAGCUGGCUGGAAUCUUUCAGCUGCUAUUUGGUGCUGUAUUCUAAGCAUUAUCCUAAGGGGGGGAAAAACGUGGUUCUGGUUUUCAUGACCAAUCUACACAAUGUAGCAAUAACCAGGGAAGCAUUUUUGUUUAAUUAUAGCUUCCUACUGUAAUGUUCAAGCACAGGCAUACUUUGUGGAAUCUAAUCAGACUGAAAUAAUCUGAAUAAUAUAUCCAUUUAAUUUCUGUGUUGUCAUGAUAGUUUUCAUGGACCAGAGGCCCAGCUCACUGCAGCAAUCUGAAAGCUAUGGGAAGAAGCCCAGCCAGUGUUUGGGCUGACAAGGAUGUAAGGCCAAAUGAGUAGUCCAGACUCAUUUUUUUCUUCCCCCAACUCCCAUCUCCUUAAAGAUGACAUUUGGGAUUGAGGUUAUAUGUUUUCUUUCCAAAUUGAUGCCUCAGAGUGGUGGCCAUCAAGCAUAAAAGACUAAUAGUUGUCCCAGCCCCGUUUUUAAUUCACCUUGCAUUGGUAGUACCAAUAUUUUCAAAUAUUCCAGCACUAACAGUGCAGCUCUAUACUUGUCUAUUUAUCAGUAAUCCAAUUCCAUUCAUUGGGGUUUACUGUCACCUAAGCCUAAGACUGCAAUCUUAUAUAUGUGCUUACCUAGAAGUAAGCUCCAUGAGGUUUAAUGGGACUCAGUUGUGUGAGUAAGGUUGGUUGCAAUCUAUACAUGCCUCUGUAGAAAAAACUUGUAUUUAAUUCAGUGGCAUCUAUUUCUGGGUAAGGAUCAGGUUGUAAAGCAAAAAUCCUAUUCACACUUACGGUACUUUGGAUUUGGGUUUCAGUGAAUAUGCAAAGGACUGGACUCUGUGACCAACAAUGACAUUGGAUUUCUGGGGGAAAGGUAGGAUACAAGUGAAAUAAUAAUUUUAAAAAAUCGUUUGGAUGUACAGUGGACCCUUGUUUUCUGCUGGAGUUUGGUUUCAGAACUCCCAAUGGGUAGCAAAAUCCAUGCAUGUUCAUGUCCCAUUAUAUACAAUGGACUAAUAAGAUGAUAUCCCUUAUGUAAAAUGGGAAAAUUAAGACUUGCUUUUUAGAUUUUUUUCAAAAAAUAUUUCCAAGCCAGAAAUAAUAGCUAGUGAGGUGGUUCUCAACCUGGGGUCCCCAGGUGUUUUUGGCCUACAACUCAGAAAUCCCAGCCAAUUCACCAGCUGUUAGAAUUUUUGGGAGUUGAAGGCCAAUAACAUCUGGGGACCCCAGGUUGAGAACCAUUGAGCUAGUGGAAACCAUGGAUGUAGAAUCUGUGGGUACAAAAGGCCAUUUACAGUAAGUGCACAAGGAGUAUGAUUUCAUAUGAGAUAAAAUUGUAAGAAAGAGAACUGAAAACUUUUUCCAGAACAGUCUUAAUAAGUUUUAACAGACAAACUCUUCAGUUAAUUAAGUCUGUUGGACUUAAUUAAUGAUGUACACAUCCCACCUAAAAUAUCACAUUUAUGGAUGAGCUGAUCUUGCUUCACACAAAUCUGUGGGAUUUGGAUUGUCAGCUUCCUGCUUAGAAAAUCUGAGUUCUAGAAACAAAGAAAAGACUGGCAUAAAUAGAGACAGGAAGAUAGCCUCACUGGCUAAAAGAAACAUAUUGUCUCUCAAUGUUCUAUUAGUGUUGUUUGGCAAAACUUUGCAGAACCUUGCAAAACUGAGCAGCAAUUGGAAUGGCUCUCCAUGGUACAGGGGAAUGGUAGAGCAUUUUGAUGGUUGCGGCCAAUUCUGCAGCAACAGGGGCUGAGGACAUAGUGAGGGCUGCAAAACAGAUGAGUAGCAUCCAUUAGCUGAAUUCUCAUUACUCCCUUUAUUUCCUCAUGAGAUGUAUAGGGCAGCAGAAAUUGCUACUGUUCAAGGUACGGGGCACAGCUACACUUUUUUUCCAUGUCAGGAGUGACUUGAGAAACUGCAAGUCACUUCUGGUGUGAGAGAAUUGGCCGUCUGCAAGGACGUUGCCCAGAGGACACCCGGAUGUUUUGAUGUUUUUACCAUCCUUGUGAGAGACUCCUCUCAUGUCCCCGCAUGGAGCUGGUAGGGGGAGCUCAUUCGUGCUCCCCCCGGGUUGUAUUCAAACUCGCAACCUUCAGGUCAGCAACCCAACCAUCAAGUCAUCAGUCCUGCCAGCACAAGGGUUUAACCCACUGCACCACCAGGGGCUUCACUGUAGACUAAAUGGUCUACACUGAUCAUUUAGCAUGGAUUGAAAGCAUCUAAAAACAUACUGUCCGAACAACACAUGAUGCAAAUGCAUGCAGGCCUUAAACUGGGAUAACAAAUUGGGAGGUACUCUGGAGUAGGGCCUAUAACACACAUCAGUAAAAACCACAUCACUUGGCAAAACUAAUUAAGGGACUGGCGCUCCAAAAAUCUGCACUGUAGUGAAGGAAUUGGGAAAAAAACCCACAUCCACCACAGAUUCUGGAAUUAGAUCGGAGCCAACCUCUCUGAUGGGUAUAAGCACCGACCAGGCCUUGGCCUUCCUAUACUUUACAUGUGAUCAGGUACAUGUUUGCUUUGUUUCUGCCUCUGUGGUUUCCAUCCCACAUUACUUGGUUAGUGUAGAUGUGCCCAUGGACCAUAACCUGUGAGAGCCUAAAGUCAGUGCCUGCAGCCCCUUCAAGACAGCAAAGUUGCUGACAUCACAGCGCUUUGUAAAUUUCUGACAUGGAAUUAAUCAGGCCCAAACACCAGCCUCUUUUAUCCACUUUGCCCUGUGCAAUUUGGUCACUCUCUGACCCAGUGAAGAUUUCUGUGGCAUUCAAACCUUAUGCAGUAUUUGGUGGACUUCCAAUUGGCCUAUGAAAUGUACUACACUAGUGUGAGAUUUAGAACGUUUCCUUUUAAAACUUGGCCAAGGGAUUGGGAGGGGGGAAGCAUAUUUCCACACCAUGGAUUUUUCCCUUUGGCAAUAAACUUUCCAAUCAAUUUUUAAGAAUCCACUGUUAAAAAUUAAUAAGAUUUGCCACUAUUUUUUCUGAUAGGGCACCUUAAUUUUUUGUGAUUGUACGAAAUAGCUAAAAAGAAAUCUAGCUGCUAUUUCCCCUUCUCCAUUGCUGCAGUUUCUUGCUAGUAGAAGCCUUUCCUCCUACCUGUUUGCCUGGCACACAGUUGUUAAGGACAUAGAAGCCCUGCCACUAAGUUGCCACUGUUUGCAAGCAAACAUUAUUUACAUGCCUAGGGAAAUUCUAGUAACCCGAAAUGGAAACUUGUUUAUCGAUCUACAGAGCGGGUUGGUCCCAUUGUUUCAAACCACCUCAGCACUGUUUUUGUUUUAAUUGUUAUUAUUUAUUUCCACUCAUGACUUUUUCUCUCAAGCACAUUUGUUACCUCAUAACUAAGAGAGACAGAGAGAAAACAUAUCUAUUUUGAAACAAUGCCAAAUGCUGUAAUUUUUAAAAAUUAGGAAUUAGAAAAUGUUGUUUGGAUCAUGUUGAGUAUGCUGUGAAGCUUAUUUAUGUACAUUUGGGUUCUCUACCUUGUUUAGGAAUUAGAAAAUGCGGUUCAGCUCAGAUUCAGUACAGCUGUAAAGCUAAUGUGCAUUUGGAUUUUUUUUGUCAACGACAAAGAGCUGGUUUCUUGCAAACAUACAUAACAAUGGUUAAAUGAAUUUAUUGCCUGCUGUGCUUCUGCAUAGGUGCUAAGUGACUGGAAAUUAGGUCCUUACGGGCCCCCAGUUGAGCAAUACACAAAAUGCUAAAUGUGCCACUCUCCCAAGUGGAGCAACUUAAGUUACUACAUGAACAUUGAAGCAGUGUUCUUCAUCCAGCAGAAUGGAGAAGAAAGGAAACGGGUCUAUAAUAAAUGUAACUCUUGGACUUCUGCUUCUUUUAAACAUGUAUGGAAUAAUCCUGAAAGAUGUUGCUCGUUUUCUAGGACGUGUGGGAGCUGGCCAUUUCACUUACAGUAAGGCUUUCAAACUACUGUACUUCCUCUUAACUCAAAUAAGUAAAUGGAAAGUGGAAUGCCAAAACAAUGCUGUGGCCAUAUUGCUCACAGCUACUUACAGUUAAAAGUUUAGAGCAGUGGUUCUCAACCUGGGGUCCCCAGAUGUUUUUGGCCUUUAACUCCCCAAAAUCCUAACAUUUGGUAAACUGGCUGGGAUUUCUGGGAGUUGUAGGCCAAAAGCAUCUGGGGACCCCAGGUUGAGAACCACUAGUUUAAAGCCUUUACUUCAGUGGUUGUCAGCCUGUGGGUCCCUAGAUGUUUUGGCCUUCAACUCCCAGAAAUCCUAACAGCUGUUAAACUGGCUGGGGUUCCUGGGAGUUGUAGGCCAAAACACCUGGGGACCCACAGGUUGAGAACCACUGCUUUACUUGGUUCAAGAAGCAGACCUGACCCAGCCUCUUCAUCAGUAAAUUAUCUGGUCAAAGGAGAAAGCUUGGAGAAAGAAGAUACCUAAAAAAUGAUACUGAAAGCUCUAUAUAUGCCCCUGUCUUGAGAUUAUAUGCUUUCUACUCCGAGGUAUUGCCCUGUUAGCAUUUGAAGAAAUCUUAACAGAUGUUGUAACAUGCCAGUCACAUUUCAGACUUUUCUUCAUGACACGCCAAUUAAAGUAUUCUCUAGCAGA